CCGCCCACCAGUUGGUUCCUGCUUAGUGUUAUGUGGCGAUAAGAGCAGAGACGAAACAGGCAAGAAGGCCUAAACAGCCCUUUUCUCUCAAGACUUUGUCUUUUGCUGUUGCAUCUUCUGGUCGCGCAGUAUUACUCCCUAACAACUACCAUGCUCCACCUGACUGCAGGGCGCGCGGGAAGACUCCUGGCCCGGCGCGCGGCAGCCUCCCUCACCGCCGGCAGCGCGAGGAUGGCGAGCCACGAUGUGGCAGAGACCGUGGACAUGUCUCAGCCGCUGUACUGGGACCGUGUGGACAUUCCUCUGCCUGACAGACCCUACAAGGAUGUCCUGACCGCUGCUGACGAGAGCCUGAAACAGAAGGAGAAAGGACCCUGGAGCCAGCUGUCCAAAGAAGAGCAGAUUGCCUUGUACCGGCUGAUGUUCUGCCAGACCUUCCCAGAGAUGAAGCAGCCGACAGCCGAGUGGAAGACUGUCCUGGGGGGCAUCUUCAUCUUUCUGGGCCUCACCGGCCUGGUGGUCUGGUGGCAGAAAGUCUACGUCUACCCUCCGCGCCCCAGGACCUUUGAUGACGAGUGGCAGGCCAAGCAGGUAAAGAGGAUGUUGGACAUGAGGGUCAACCCCGUCGAGGGCUUCGCUGCCAAGUGGGACUAUGAGAAGGGCCAGUGGAAGUAAAAAGAGACGGUUGGACUGUGGCUGAGGUGGCAGAGGGUUUGGACCUGUCACUCCAGAGCACGGCUUUGUUCCACUCAGUGAAUUUGAAUGUUGCGUUACAGAUGUUAAAACCACUAGAAAAAUUGAGCGUAUCCACUGUUGGCAUCUCUGGGGUCAUUUUACUCCGCGCCACGUCCGGCUCUCAGUCCGUUACCUCUUCUCCAACCACUGCGGAUUUUCUGUCACGGUGACGUCUGUGUGUGCCCAGGUGUAGCCAUAUAAUAAUAAAGUUUUGCUCAUGGCUCUG